AGGCGGCGCGCUGCCAGCCUCGGCCUCGGCCUCGGCCUGCGCGGCGGCGGCAGCGGCGGCGGCGGCGGCGGCGGCGGCCUGGGCCCGGGUGCGGCGGUGGCGGUGGCCGUGGUGGCAGCGGGGCCUGGAGCCGGACCUAAGAUGGCAGCGGCGGCAGCGACGGCGGUGGGGCCGGGUGCGGGGAGCGCUGGGGUGGCGGGCCCGGGCGGCGCGGGGCCCUGCGCUACAGUGUCUGUGUUCCCGGGCGCCCGCCUCCUCACUAUCGGCGACGCGAACGGCGAGAUCCAGCGGCACGCGGAGCAGCAGGCGCUGCGCCUUGAGGUGCGCGCCGGACCAGACGCGGCGGGCAUCGCCCUCUACAGCCAUGAAGAUGUGUGUGUUUUCAAGUGCUCGGUGUCCCGAGAGACAGAGUGCAGUCGUGUGGGCAGACAGUCCUUCAUCAUCACCCUGGGCUGCAACAGCGUCCUCAUCCAGUUUGCCACACCCCACGAUUUCUGUUCUUUCUACAACAUCCUGAAAACCUGUCGGGGCCACACACUGGAGCGCUCUGUGUUCAGUGAGCGGACAGAGGAAUCCUCAGCUGUGCAGUACUUCCAGAUGAGAAAUCUGAGGCUCAGAGAGGUUAAGUGACUUUGCUCCAAGUCACACAGCUCUUAUGCAACAGAGCCACGAUGGGAAAGCCAGGUCUGCCUGAUGCCCAAGCCUGUGGCCCUGCCAGGUGCCACGCUGCCUCCUGAUCGCCUGUUGUCUUACAGAGAGACACCGCACAUCACCUGCCUGGCGCUCUGAGCUCUAGGGUUUUGUUCCAUCCAUUCCUCUUCUUCUUUGGGGCCCUAAGAUGAGACAUUUGGCCCCCAGAUGUUAGAAUCCCACCCAUGACAACGUCUGUGAUUUCUUGGGUGGCCUCCAAGUUCAGGUGACAUCUAGCUUUGUCCUUCAGCCCUGCUCCCACUUCUGGAGCAGCUGGCUCUUGUCAGUUGGGUACAGGCUGGCAGAGGGUACAUGACCUCCCAAGGGAGGUUUACGCUGUCAGGCCCUCCCUCCAUCUUAGGGCAGCCAGGGCUGUGGCAGUCCGUCAUGCCACGUGUCGCGUGCUAUUGGUGUGUGUCUGUUCCAGUUCUAUGGCUACCUAUCCCAGCAGCAGAACAUGAUGCAGGACUAUGUGCGGACAGGCACCUACCAGCGUGCGAUCCUGCAGAACCACACGGACUUCAAGGACAAGAUCGUUCUAGAUGUGGGCUGUGGCUCUGGGAUCCUGUCAUUUUUUGCUGCUCAAGCAGGAGCCAGGAAAAUUUAUGCAGUGGAAGCCAGCACCAUGGCUCAGCAUGCAGAGGUCCUGGUGAAGAGUAACAAUCUGACAGACCGCAUCGUGGUCAUCCCUGGCAAAGUAGAGGAGGUCUCAUUGCCUGAGCAAGUGGACAUUAUCAUCUCAGAGCCCAUGGGCUACAUGCUCUUCAAUGAACGAAUGCUCGAGAGCUACCUCCAUGCCAAAAAGUACCUGAAGCCUAGUGGAAACAUGUUCCCCACCAUUGGUGAUGUCCACCUCGCACCCUUCACUGAUGAACAGCUCUACAUGGAGCAGUUCACCAAAGCCAACUUCUGGUACCAGCCAUCCUUCCAUGGAGUGGACCUGUCGGCCCUCAGAGGCGCCGCUGUGGAUGAGUACUUCCGGCAACCUGUGGUGGACACAUUUGACAUCCGGAUCCUGAUGGCCAAAUCUGUCAAGUACACAGUGAACUUCUUAGAAGCCAAAGAAGGCGAUUUGCACAGGAUAGAAAUCCCAUUCAAAUUCCACAUGCUGCAUUCAGGGCUAGUCCAUGGCUUGGCCUUCUGGUUCGAUGUUGCUUUCAUUGGCUCCAUAAUGACCGUGUGGCUAUCCACAGCCCCAACAGAGCCCCUGACCCACUGGUACCAGGUCCGGUGCCUCUUCCAGUCACCGUUGUUUGCCAAGGCCGGGGACACGCUCUCAGGGACAUGUCUGCUUAUUGCCAACAAAAGACAGAGCUAUGACAUCAGUAUUGUGGCACAGGUGGACCAGACAGGCUCCAAGUCCAGUAACCUGCUGGAUCUAAAGAACCCCUUCUUCAGGUACACAGGUACAACCCCAUCACCCCCACCUGGCUCACACUACACGUCUCCCUCGGAGAAUAUGUGGAACACAGGAAGCACCUAUAAUCUCAGCAGCGGGGUGGCUGUGGCUGGAAUGCCUACUGCCUACGACCUGAGCAGUGUUAUUGCCGGCGGCUCCAGUGUGGGUCACAACAACCUGAUUCCCUUAGCUAACACAGGGAUUGUCAAUCACACCCACUCCCGGAUGGGCUCCAUAAUGAGCACGGGCAUUGUCCAAGGCUCCUCAGGUGCCCAGGGAGGCGGCGGUAGCUCCAGUGCCCACUAUGCAGUCAACAACCAGUUCACCAUGGGUGGCCCUGCCAUCUCUAUGGCCUCGCCCAUGUCCAUCCCGACCAACACCAUGCACUAUGGGAGUUAGGUGCCUCCAGCCGCGACAGCACUGCGCACUGACAGCACCAGGAAACCAAAUCAAGUCCAGGCCCGGCACAGCCAGUGGCUGUUCCCCCUUGUUCUGGAGAAGUGUGAACACCCGGUCACAGCCCUCUUUGCUAUGGGAACUUGGACAAUUUUGUACACGAUGUCGCCGCUGCCCUCAAGUACCCCCAGCCCAACCUUUGGUCCCGAGCGCGUGUUGCUGCCAUACUUUACAUGAGAUCCUGUUGGGGCAGCCCUCAUCCUGUUCUGUACUCUCCACUCUGACCUGGCUUUGACAUCUGCUGGAAGAGGCAAGUCCUCCCCCAACCCCCACAGCUGCACCUGACCAGGCAGGAGGAGGCCAGCAGCUGCCACCACAGACCUGGCAGCACCCACCCCACAACCCGUCCUUGCACCUCCCCUCACCUGGGGUGGCAGCACAGCCAGCUGGACCUCUCCUUCAACUACCAGGCCACAUGGUCACCAUGGGCGUGACAUGCUGCUUUUUUUAAUUUUAUUUUUUUACGAAAAGAACCAGUGUCAACCCACAGACCCUCUGAGAAACCCGGCUGGCCGGGCCAAGCCAGCAGCCCCUGUUCCUAGGCCCAGAGGUUCUAGGUGAGGGGUGGCCCUGUCAAGCCUUCAGAGUGGGCACAGCCCCCUCCCACCAAAGGGUUCACCUCAAACUUGAAUGUACAAACCACCCAGCUGUCCAAAGGCCUAGUCCCUACUUUCUGCUACUGUCCUGUCCUGAGCCCUGAAGGCCCCCCUCCAUCAAAAGCUUGAACAGGCAGCCCAGAGUGUGUCACCCUGGGCUACUGGGGCAGACAAGAAACCUCAAAGAUCUGUCACACACACACAAGGAAGGCGUCCUCUCCUGAUAGCUAACAUAGGCCUGUGUGUUGCGUUCACAUUCAUGUUCUACUUAAUCCUCUCAAGACAGCAACCCUGGGAAGGAGCCUCGCAGGGACCUCCCCAGACAAGAAGAAAAGCAAAGAAGGAAGGGUGAUUAAUAAGCACAGGCAGUUUCCCCUAUUCCCUUACCCUAGAGUCCCCACCUCAAUGGCCACAGCCUGCCACAGGAACCCCUUGGCAAAGGCUGGAGCUGCUCUGUGCCACCCUCCUGACCUGUCAGGGAAUCAGAGGGCCCUCAGGCAGCUGGGAACCAGGCUCUCUCCUGUCCAUCAGUAAUACUCCUUGCUCGGCUGCCCCUCCCCCACCUUUAUAUAAAUUCUCUGGAUCACCUUUGCAUAGAAAAUAAAAGUGUUUGCUUUGUAAGAAAA